AUGAAGUUAGGCAUCAUACCGUACCAGAAGGAGACAGACUUUGUUUACAAUGACAACAACUCCACAGCUAAACCGAACUGGCCAGUUUUCGACAAGAUGCACACUUAUGAAAUCGAUGGGGAAGCGGUGCAAUUCGUUAGACCAGAGGAUGUACCAUUGAACAAACGUCAUUUUGUAUAUAGGACGUGUGCUCCCAAUACGUUGUUCACUGAACUGGGGUAUGCUUGUACGGAGUAUCCGUUUAAGAAAGCAGGCUUUAACAUGAUGGACCGAUCGAACGUCAUUUGUUUAAGAUCGAAUUCCAACGAUACAGUGAGUGUGGGUGAAGGAGAAGGUUGGAGAACCAGCAGAGCCGAUGUUUGCAUUAAGGAAGGUGUUUGCUACUGGGAAGUGGAAGUGUGCAAAGGUGGGCUAGAUGAAGCGUUGUUGGGAGGAGCUGAGGAUACUGUUUCUCCAGACCUGAGCGAUGCAAAUAAGAAACAACAUAAACGACACAAGAGAGACCUGAUUAACAUGACUUCUCAUUUGCGGUUUGGUGUCUCGAGGAGAGAAGCCAGCCUGGAGUCACCAAUUGGUACGGAUUGUUACGGGUACGGUGUCAGAGAUAUCUCGUUUGAAUCGAUCCAUGAGGGAAAAAUAAUGCAAGUUCUAGCGCAAACAAAGGAGCUGAAAGCAGGAGAUAGAAUUGGAUUUUUAUUGAAACUGCCACCUGUGGAGACACAGAUCAAACAGGCACAAGAGUACACUGCUAGAAAAAUAGAGAAAUUGAUUAAAGAAUCUAAUGGUCAUACAAACGAAAAAAACAUGGAAAAUGAAAGCGGUUCUACACAAAGAAAGAAGGCAAAAGCUGCCCCAACGUUCAACGAUUUUGAGAAAGCUCUAUUGGAAGAUAUUGAUCACUCCAAUGUGAUCAGAGAUAAAAUCCCAAUCAGAUAUAAAAACCAACUUUUUUUCGAAUCAACCGAUUACGUGAAGACCAUAAAACCUGAAUACUAUGCAUCAAAUGAAACAGACGAACAUGCUAGCGAAGAAUAUGCAUUGGAAAACUCAUCGUUGGGAGUGUAUUUGAAUGGCAAACCUCUCGGAGAUGCGUUCAAAGAUCUAAAACCAUUCCUACCACCAUUCAGCGAGUUACAGUACAAUGAGAAGUUUUAUUUUGGAUACUGGAAGAACGGAGAGGUAGUAAACGAGAACGACACCAGAAACUAUGAUACUAUUGAGAACGUCAACAAAGCAGUCAACAAGAAGAAAGGUCUGAUACUGAGAAAUAAGUACGUCAACAACAACAGUCUUGGGUACUACCCGACAGUGAGCUGCUUCAAUGGAGGUACCGCAAAGAUAGUCACGCAUAAAGAAGAUCUGAAGUACUAUGACACAUUAAAAGAAACCGACGUGAAUACUCUGGACACACUGUUCAUGGAACAAGUCGCCGAGGAUAUAGUAUGGGAUAUAAUCGAUGAGGUGGAAGAAACAGCAAGCCGUUGA